AUGUCAGAUCGAGAAUUCAGCUCAAAUGACGACCUGUCGCUUCCUAAAGCGACGGUCCAGAAAAUCAUCACAGAGAUCCUCCCGCCAUCCUCCGGGCAGUCAUUCUCCAAAGACGCGCGCGAUCUCCUCAUGGAAUGCUGCGUCGAGUUUAUCACCCUGAUCUCCUCCGAGGCCAACGACAUUAGCGAGAAGGAAGCGAAGAAGACUAUCGCCUGUGAGCAUGUGGAGCGGGCUCUGCGUGAUCUCGGAUUCGGCGAUUACAUCCAGGAUGUCCUUGCCGUGGCGGAGGAACAUAAGGAGCAACUGAAGUCGCGGGAAAAGAAGCAGAGCAAGAUGGAGCAGAGCGGGUUAUCGGAGGAGGAACUGCUCCGGCAGCAGCAGGAGCUAUUCCGUUCUGCGACGGAGAAGUAUCAUUCUGCUGAUUAA